AUGUCCUAUAACAGCCCUGGGAUCCCUCUUCAUAAUAUCAAAAACUGCUACAAUAAUCCCCAUUUAACUUUUCUCAGCAACUCAAACGUCACCAUCAUGAACUCGCCGCUCACCAAUAAUGAUCACAACAACCAUCCAGAUACCAUGCUCCUCAAUUCAUUCAACUACGAUCCUCAGUCAUUCGUCCUUCCUGAUCUUGCUACUUUGAAUAUUGCCAAUUACCUGCCUCAACCAAUGGUAUCCCAUAGGCUCAGGAACUGGCCUCCGGCUGGUUUAGGGGUAUUCCCAAACAAUCAGCUUCAAAACCCUCCUGCUUUCAACCAGGUCCAUUUGGAAAGAAUCGACAAUCUCACAGAAGAAGUCAAGCAAUGGAAAGGGUCUUACAGAAAUUUGCUGAAUGAAUUCAUAAAGCUGAAACAGGACUUUGAGUCACAGAUCAGUAACUUGAAAGAACAGCUCGCGUUAACCCAAGGUGCCAAAAACCCCUACCAACCUCGGCAAUUAUCCUUCGAUACAUCUUCCAACACCGUUGGGUUUGACAAAUCGAUGAAUACCAAUGACAAUAAAGAAGAGUAUUGCCACGAUUUUUCGAUCAAACUUGACCAGAAGAAUACACUCCCGCUCAAUCAUAAUGAAUACCAUCAUAGCCAUACCAAUAGCCUAGGCAGUAUAUCUUUCCUGGUUGACAACAACGCUACCAAACCAAUGACCUUGAAUGAUGCCACUGAAUCCAUUCCUCUUGUCAAUUCUCUUUCCGAUGUCAAGACAUUAGAGACACCUAACACCAGUCGCGAUAGUAUUAUUACCACUUCUGGUAUUUCUUCUCCUUCUCCUUCUCCUUCUCCUUCUCCCUCUACUUCUGCUCGUUUAAAUCAUAGAACAGCUUUUAUCGGAAUCAAUAGUCCCAUCGGUAUGAUUAUACAAUACUUAACUGUUAAAGAAAUGGGGCCCUAUGCCUUGGAGUCUGGUGCUGUCAUCUCUGGGUACAAAUAUGCUGCCGAACAGCAACUAUACAUCACCACCACCCCUAGAGAGCCAAAGAGCAAAUCAGCUACAAAGAUGCCUGAGUUCCACAUGGAUAGAAGUAUUACAAUUCUAUCUGAGUUGCUCAAAGAAUGGUUCCAACCCAAUUUGGAUAAGUUCGGUCACUGUGUGAGUAGCAUGGAGUGCCAGUACAGAACAAAAUGGCGCCUGAAGGCUGGUGAUAAGAAGUACUAUUUGUUUCGCAAGGCCAUCAUCAACUUCAUUCUAAGGGAACUCAGAAGAAGUCCGGGGUCUUCUGAUAAGAGCAAAGUAGUGGAAAAAUUGAUAGAUAAGAUUGAGAAAUUCAGAGUUGAUCAUAAGACCGGUUCAAAAAUUAGUUUCGAUAAAUUGAGCAAGAUAAUUAGGAACAACGAAGGAAUAUUGAUCGCAGCAUGCCGGAAAGAAAGUAAUCAGCAGUCCUAUUGGUGA